AUGCUCAAGAUGGUGACGCCCCAGGAUAUUCGCAGCCCUGGACACGACAUGUCGCCCAGGGCGCGCGGCUUGCCGGAUUAUUUUGCGGUCGGGCCUCUCAAGACGGAGCUGGCUUCAAUUCAGGAACAGGAGGCGCCAUCAUACCAACUGAACGGAUCAGACGCUGGUCGCCGCCAGUCGACUAUUUCCUUCCAAGACGAGCUGCCAACGCGACGCAAUUCAAACGGCUCAGACACUGCACACGUUGCCUCGUUGGGCAGAAAGCCAUCCACAUCCUCAGUCUCGUCUCGCCGGCCGCGGUAUUCUGCGUCUCUGCACGGGUUGGAACUGCAAGAGCAUGCCGCGCGCAUCCGCGCAAGCUCGCCCCCUCCGGAAAGGUUCCAGCACCACGUCGGCUUCGACAAUGUGCCCAAUGGAGAGGCGACCAAGCACAACACGACGUCGCUGACACUCAAUGUGCGGCAUAAGGGCUACCAGGCUAGACGACGAUCGCGUAGCUUCAUGGUAGGCGUCGAUGAGAACUCAUAUUCAGAUUACGCUAUCCAGUGGCUGCUGGACGAGCUGGUCGAUGACGGCGACGAGAUUGUGUGCGUGCGCGUGCUGGAGAGGGAGGUCCGUAUGAACGACAAACAAUACCAGGAGGAUGCGCAGAAUGUGAUGCAGGGAAUCAUGGCCAAAAAUGGAGCCAACCGGGCUGUCAGCAUCGUGCUUGAAUAUGCUGUUGGCAAGCUGCACGCAACCUUUCAAAAACUUAUUCAAAUGUAUCAACCAGCCAUGCUGAUCGUCGGAACGCGAGGUCGAUCACUGGGCGGCAUUCAGGGCCUCGUCAACAACCGAAACUCGUUCUCCAAGUACUGUCUACAAUACUCACCGGUACCGGUCGUGGUGGUACGGCCCACUGAGAAGCGCAUCAAGAAAAAGGUGAAGCGCGCCCUCGAUUCGAGCCGUCAAACAUAUCUGGGCAUGCUCUCGGCGACACUGGGCAAACACGAAGCCGACAGCGAAACGAGUAGCACAUACGAGCUGGAGACUCAAAUCUCGGCCGACGAAGAGGCUCACCAGGUGGCCAAGGUUCUGGGUCUUCCAGCGAAAUUCGACCCGACUAUUAAGCCUAUCAACCCCAAUGACUACCUUCGAACCCGGUCGCCAGCACCCUCCGCGCUGAGGGCAAGCGGCGAGCCUACGAGUCCAAAUAUGGGUGAUGUGUCGCCGAGCAGCGCUAUGAACAGCGAGGACGACGAGGAGGAGGAGGAAGCGGAGUUUGAUGUUGUAUCAGGUACACAAGCUCUCAACCAACAACAGAAGCUUGAACAACUACAUAAGAUGGAGGUGGGCGAAGCGCAAGCUCUCCGUCAAGGCGUGGACGUUGAAGAAGACGAGGACGAAGGGUCAGCAGACAACAAGAGUAGUCAUCUACCGAUAGCACUUCCACAAUCAUGUGGCCCUUUUCAGGCUGCGGCGCCGACGCCUGCCGCCCCCCGGUCUCGGGCUGCGCGCGACGACGCGCGCGACGGCGAGGACCACGUGCUGCCGUCCCACGCUCCCGCCGCACUGCGCCGCGCCCAUGCCGACCACGGUGCCCGUAGCCCACGGAGGCGCAUCGUCGCCUGGACCUUUGGCGUCACCGUCGGUCUGGCCGCCGCGCUUGGGGCGCUCAUCCUCGCCGAGAUACUCGACGUCGGCAGCCGUGGUGGUCACGGCGGGGCUGCCACCAGCGGCGGUGGACGCGGGCUGGCACUCCGCCUUACCAUCCCGGCCCUCCUGUUCCUGCUCAUCGGCGUCGUCCCCUGGCUGGAGUGCGCGUCCAUCGUCCGCGGCGGCACCGGCUGGAGCCUCUCUCGUCCCGCCAGCACCACAGGCGGCGCAUCCUCCCGUCGCGGCCGUCUGUCCGGGUGCGCAUGGCUCAUGCAGCUCACGCUGUUUGCCUGCUGGCUGUUUGCCUUUUGGAAGCUCGGCGGUGCCGUGCCCUCCUCCGCCGUCGAGCUGUCGUCAUCCAAGAACGACGACGACGACGACGAGGCGCCGCUGCAGCUGCUGAUCCGCGCCUGCCUGGAGCGCAUCGGCGUCGUUGGCAUCACGCUGAUGGGCCUGCUGGCCGGCUUCGCCUCCGUGUCGGCGCCGUGGCACGCGCUGACGUCCACGACGGACCGCCGCCGGCGACCCGUCACCGACGCCGACGUCAACCGCAAGCAGGCCGGCCUGGACGCGGCCAGCGAGAUGCUGCUGACCAAGCGCCACCGGCUGCAGGCGCUCGAGCGGCGCCUGGCCGACCCGCGCGUCGUCGCCGAGGCGCGGGCCGCCACCGGCUUCGUCGGCAAGAUGGUGGGGGCGCUCCGCGGCGGCGCGUCCCCCGAGGAAACGGAGAUGCGCAGCCUGCGCGUCGAGAUCGCCGGGCUGGAGACCAUGGAGGCCAGCCUGUCGUCCAACCUGGCGCUGCUGCAGGGCCGGCGCGCGGCCGACUCGCGCGCGGCCACGGCCUGCGGCCGCGCGUGCCUGCUUCCUUCGUACCUGUUCGCCGCGUACUGCGUGUACCGCGUCGUCGCGACCGCGCUGGCCACGCUGCGCCGCGCGCGCCACCCCGCGCGCCACCCCGCCGCCAGCUUCGCGACCAGCGACCCGGUGCACCGGCUUCUCGCGCUGGUGGCGCGCCACUGGGACCCGGCGCUGGACCAGGCGGCGUGGGCGCGGGCGGCGAGCUUCGGGCUCAGCGGGGUGGUGCUGCUGGCGAGCGCCAACAGCGCGCUGCAGACGUUCCACCUGUUCGCGCGGUGGGCGCCGCCGGCGCUGCUGCGGCACGCGCGCGCCAACCUGGCGCUGGCGGUCGGCCAGGUGGCGGCGACGUACAUGAUUAGCGCGUCGCUGCUGCUGCGCGGGCAGCUGCCGCCGGAGGCGCGGUCGGCGGUCGGGGGCGUGCUAAGGGGAGCUCUGAGCCCGGUGUUUGUGGACGGCUGGUUCGAGGGCUGGUUCUUGACGGGCAGCGCGCUGACGAUGCUGGGCCUCUGGCUGGGGAGGAGGCUGAGUGGCGGUAGGGAGGAUGACUGGGACGACUACGGCGGCGAGGAGAUGGGCGCGAAGAGAAUGUAG